UUUUGUUUAAAGUUUUUAUAUUCAUACACAGAAUAUGGUAGUUUCCUUUCUUAGAUUGGCAGCUGUAUUACAUUUGCUAAGACAGUCCAGUCUCUUAAGUUAAUCGGGACUCACUCAGGACCUAUGUUUUGGACUUCCAACAACCAGGGCAUGUUAAGAGGGAGUGGGUCAACUUGUCCCUGACACAUGUUGUGAAUCUAACCACACAAUAGGAUCUAUUUCUGUAAAUGCACUAGGGUUAUCUCAGUACUUACCCUGAGCUAUUUCUCGUUCCCUUUCCCUCCCUCUCUUUAUCUAACACUCUAACCCACUUGCUCAAAAUCAUGGCGGACAGUAACAGCCGGGUCACUGUUAAGAGGAAAGAGAAGAAGGUAGAAAACAAAGCCAAGGAUGAGAAGGACAAAGAAAAGGAGAAGGGGAAGGGGAAGGAGAAAGUGGUGAAAAAGCCGGACAAAACUGUGAAACCUGUGAAACCUGUGAAACCUGUGAAAAAGGAAGAGACGACUCCUGAGCAGCCCAAGGUGGAGGAAGAGAAGACGAAUGGGGAAAGUGAAGGGGCAACGGGAGCUGAGCCUGAGGCAAACGUCAGUGAAGAAAAUGGAGAGUAUCAGCCCAUAGAACUGCCACCAUUUGAGAUUGUCACAGGGGAACAGAUGAGCCCGUUCUACUUCAAGUUUCAGUUCAGGAACGUUGAAUACUCCUCGGGGAGGAACAAGACCCUGCUGUGUUUCAGAGUGGAUACACCAGGAGGCAGCACAGAGCCUCUGAGAGGUUAUAUGGAGGAUGAGCAUGCCACAGCUCAUGCUGAAGAGGCCUUCUUUCAUCAGGUGCUCCCUGACCCUUCCCAAGAGUAUGAUGUCACAUGGUAUGUAUCAUCCAGUCCUUGUGUGGCUUGUACAGCUAAGUUGGCCAUCGUACUCCAGCAACGUAAGAAAGUCCAUCUCAGCAUGUUCAUCUCCCGUCUCUUUGAGUGGGAAGAGCCGGAGAUAGUAGAAGGGCUCCGAGCUCUGGCUAGUGCCGGCUGCAAACUGCGGAUGAUGAAGCCGUCUGACUUUGUACAUCUCUGGGAAACGUAUGUGGAGAAGGAGGAAGAGAUCUUUGAACCCUGGGAGGAUUGUCAGGAGAACUAUGAAUAUUAUGUGGAGAAACUGGCUGAUAUCCUCAAGUAGAUGUGCACAUGAUGGACAGGACAUCACCACUGAGUCACACUUGGACUUGACUUGCUAAACCCACACUGGUUGAAUGUGUUUUUUUUGCAGUUAUAUCAGAUAUUUUAGUUUGAAAGAACACUCAUUGCAACAUUUUGUAUUUUUUAUUUUGAUUAUUUCAUAGGAAGACAAAAUUGCUUGUAUGACAUUGUUAUUGCACACUUUAGAUAAAAAUAAGAAAAAAAUAACACUCAUUGCUGAAAGCUUUGGAGAAGACUAACUUACAUUCACGUACCUCUGGGGCAAGAUGCAUAACAUUCACGACUAACCGAUGUGUUCACACAAAGACAGACAAUUAUUUAUGUCCGAAA